AUGUGGUUAGCGGAGGAGGACACGGGAGAAAGGAAUGCUUACGUUGGGCGUAGGACCCAUGUGGGCCGGCUCAUGCUCGUCGUCUGUGGACGAAGGCGAGCUGGGGGCCAGUUGAGCUGUGCGGAUGAGAGGUUCCAGUUACCACGCAUACUUUUAGCUCCUCCUGCUGCGUGUGCUCUCCAACAUCGACCUGGUCUCGAGUUUGCUCCGCCGACUCGCUGUAUUCUGGUCGAUGGGGUGAAAAUUCGCGGAGGUCGUCAUGUUGGAAUACUCAGAGGAAUCCCUCCCCCCUCUUUUCGAAGUUCAACCGAUGUCUUCGUAUUAUCCUACGACAUUCUCCUCCCCGUCGGUGAUUUAUACGCUCACCCACCAAGCAAGUCGCCUAAGAGGACAUCAAACCCGACAUACACCGUGGUCUCUCGCCGUCAUCGUGCGGUGUCGUCGACCCCUCCUCUACCUCAACCUCGCACCGUUCUUUCUCGAUAA